CUAUAGCUAGCUAGCUGCUUCAUAACAAAAUGGCAGAGCAUGUUGGAGGUUAUGACUACCAAUGGAUUACUGAACCUCCGGAUGAGCUGAAGUGUGCAAUUUGCAUAAGUGUAGCUAGGGACCCUCAACAACAUGGAGGGAACGGCUGUGGAAAAGUGUUCUGCUCAAGUUGCAUAGAAGAUUACAAUAGUAAAAGUUGUCCUAUUUGUCGUAUGAAAUUGACUCUCUUCAAAGAUGUGCGAACAACUCGUCAUAUUAAAUCCCUCAAAUUGAGCUGUAUCAACGAAAGCUGUCAAUGGGUUGGUGAGCUAGGGUCCCUGGAAACACACCUAAAGACCUGUGAAUACGCCACCAUUCUCUGCACUAAUGAAUGCAACCACAAAGACCAGAUUCGGCGAAAAGAUCUUGACGACCACCUCACUAACGACUGCCCAAGACGUCAGUACGAGUGUCCACAUUGCCAGAAGACGGGGGAACAUCAGGAGAGGACCACCACUCAUCUAGAUACAUGUUCGAAAGUUAAAGUACGAUGCCCGAAUGUACGCUGCACUUUCGUCAUUCCCCGUGACAGUAUUAAUUUACACCGUUUUGAUUGCAACUACCAGUAUGAAAGCUGUAAAUAUGCUACGGUUGGGUGUAAGCAAAUGCUUCUCCGAAAAAAUCUCAAGGAGCAUGAAGAGGAUUAUCAGCUACAUUUUCAAGUGACUACUGAUAAAGUACUUGAGCUAACGAAUCUAAUGAAGCCAAUGAAACAGCCUUUAAUCAAGUUCAAAGUAACAGAAUUUCAACAGCUAAAAAACAGUCGAUUUUACAGCCAACCUUUUUUUUCUUUCAGCAAUGGCUAUAAAAUGUGUAUCAAUAUUGGGGCAACUGGCACUCAUGUUUCGGUGUUUGCCUGCCUCAUGAAGGGACCUAAUGACGACUCCCUGUCCUGGCCGUUUACCGGGGUGGUCACAUUCGAGCUACUCAACCAACUGGAGGACAAGAACCAUCACAAGAAGACAACCACAUUCCCAGCAGAGGGUGAGAGCAGUCAGAGAGUGAUGUGCCGUGAAAGAGGGUUAGGAAGAGGCCACCCCAAGUUUAUCUCCCACGCUGACCUUGACUACAAUGCCUACAAGAACACUCAGUACCUCAAACACGACACCCUAGUUUUUAGUGUUGUGUCUGUGGAAGUACCCGACUACAAGCCAUGGCUGGAGUGCACUGACUAAAAAGAGUACAUUCCGUAGUACAUGUAUAUAGCCAAGGAUUUAUAUCACUGUGAUGGACUAAUGAGAAAAAAACUAGUAUGUACAGAUGUAAUGGAAUGUACAGAUCUAAUGGAAUGUACAUAUCUAUAUUUAUAGACUCUAUUUUUAGACUGUGGAUCUCAGAUAAGUCUGAGUCACAUGUGUUUUUUGUCAGUUCUCUCAAUUUAUUGAUUUUAUUAAAAUGAUCAUAAGAGUUCUCAA